CGACAGUUUAGUUGCGGUUUGUUAGUUGGACGUGAGAAACCAAGAGACUUGCUGUGCUUUGGCAAGUAAAAGUAUUUACAAGAUGCAAGUGAAUUUCUAUUUUAGUUUAGGAACAUUUCUUUGUUUACUUUGCAUAUGUCACCACGUGCUUGGCGACACGAAUGUAAAGUUACAUAAUGUUGAGCCACACAAAGGCAAACCUGUGUUAACUCCUCUCAAUAAACAACGUGAGGUUUUGGAACCCGAAGGGAAAUUUAUAGUAGAAUGGGAGACAGAUUUAGCUAAUGAGACGAUAACUUUCCAAGUGACUUGCCAAACGACUGGCUUCGUGGGGUUUGGUCUCUCUCCCGGUGGGGGAAUGACUGGAUCUGACUUAAUAAUCGGCGGAAUCGAUUCGACUGGCCAAUCUUAUUUUGCGGAUUAUCAUGGGGUCGGGCCAACGGUACCUGUUUUGGAUCAGGUCCAGAAUUGGGAAUUGCUGAGCGCAUUUGAAAAUUCAACCCAUACAUCCCUCCGAUUCAAGCGAGCACUCGACCCGUGUGAUCCUGACGAUGUGGCAAUCACUAAUGAUACGGUCAAUUUUAUUUGGGCAUUCGGACCCAACGAUGGCAUGUCAUAUCACAUGGGAGUGCGUGGGAGCGUGGCUGUCAACCCAUUAGAUCCACCAUAUCCUGCCGUCGACGUUUCCAGUUUCAAGAGUUGGAAGUUGACGGUCAAUCAAGCAAUGCCGGCGCCUGAAAAGAGCUUUAGUUAUUGGUGCAGUAUUCACAGUUCACCACAGUUCAAAAAGAAAAACCAUGUUGUUGGGUUUCGUCCACUACUUGUAGGUCCAUUGGCAGCAAAACACACACAUCACUUCGUCGUGUAUACUUGCAAGACGCCUCCGGGAAUUCCAGCCAAAGAAGUAUUUUCGCCAUUUAGCAACAAAGAAGGAGCAGAGUGUUACACAAAGGAAUCGCUAAUGAGCAAGCCCUUCCAACUUUGCUCCACGACCUUGUAUGUGUGGGGCGUUGGGGGCAAGGAAUUUUUCUUGCCGACUCAUACUGGAUAUCCCGUGGGCGAAGAUGCAAAUGAGUACUACAUGCUGGAGGUACAUUACGAUAACCCUACCCACUUGAAAGACGUUAAAUUUGAGACUGGGGUGGAAAUAUUUUACACGCCAAAAUUAAGGCAAUACGAUGCUGGAAUGAUGACGAUUGGGCACACUGUCCUCGCAUCCCUUCUGAUUCCUCCCAGGUCUAAAGAUUUUAUGAUCGUGGGUCAUUGUGGAAAAGAGUGUACAAACAAAGGGAUACCGGAAGGUGGAGAAAUCUACCUCUUCAACACGUUGUUACACACCCAUCUCGCCGGGAGGAAAAUGAAACUCAGGCACUUUCGAAAUGAGACGGAGCUGCCGUGGGUUUCUUAUGACGACCAUUAUCAUUUCAAUUAUCAGAAAAAUAGACCUCUUAGAGAGGAGAGAAAAAUCCUUCCUGGAGACAGUUUGACCUUUGAAUGUACUUAUGACACGACCUCACGAAAUGAUGUAACUGUAGCCGGAUAUUCAACGAGAAAUGAGAUGUGUGAGACAUUUGCGUGGUAUUAUCCCAAAGGUGCGUUUGAAGGAUGUUCCUCUUUUUAUGACAUUCAACACUUGUACGAUCUGUUUGGCAUCAAAGAUGUGAAAUGGCUGCCUGGAAUUGACUCUGGAGCUCAACCAAUCGUACAACAACCAACUUCAAUGGCCAAUAAAACAUUCGGAGAAGCAAUACAAGCGUCUGUGACUUGGACCCCAGAGUUGAGGGAAAAGUUGCAAAAUAUGGUCAAGUUGUCAGAUCACGAAGGGGUUUGCAAUGUUAAAGAAAAACACCCACCUCCACAGCCCGAGGACUACUACACGCCAUUCAAUCCUCCACCCCCUCCUCCCAAAAUGAUUUGGAACUACCCGAAAGUGGACAAGAUUUAUGAACCACCUCUGAGAUGCAAUGUUGAAGAAAAUAUCAUUCCAAACUGAAUGAGCACACAAAUGUGAUGAUAAACCGUGAUACCGAAAAACACAAAUAGCAAUUGGACAAAUUUGAAUGCAUUCCGAUCUUUUCUACUUACAGUUCUACUGGAUAUGUUAAAACUUAUACUUUUCUAUUGAAUCUUUUUACCAAUCUGUGCUAUGAAAUAAAUGCAACUAUUUAUAAAAAAA